GCGAGGCUUAACCCCCGAAAAUGGAUUAUUAAACGGGCUACGUCAAGCUACAUGUCCACGUCAUGGCGACACCUUCUAGUUUCACCGUUUGUGUUGGCCAUCGCUCCUUCUCUCCCUUAUCAAUCCCUUGAUGUUGGUAGUCCAUGAUAGCAGCCGAACUCGGGGCCAGAACAGCAAGCACUUCAGAACCAUCUAUUAUUACGAAUAUCAUAUCGUGGCCACUUUCUAAAUUAGGCCGAAACUCGCACUUCAUCUUCGCUAUAUUCUAUCUAGUCUCCAUUUGCAAAGAACAUGGUAUCUGCGAACAGAAUCUCCCGGAGACGUGCUCCGGGGAGAUUGGGGGGCCGCCGAAGGAAUCAUCCGAAAACCUUUACUCCGCCGAAAUCGCCUCAGUCCAUCUUAGCUCACGCUCGCAGAAAUAGUCUCACGAGCAGACGUGGCCGUGGAGGGCUCUUCGGUGCCGGUAGUAACACUAGAAUAAACCACGCAGAACGUAAAGCUGGGGGACGGACUUCGAAGUAUUCCAAGUUCGGGUUGAUCCCCCGCUCGACAGAACCGUUCGAAAAGAACUGUUUUGAAAAGGAGCCAUUUGCCACAGGCUAUGUGUUCGUACCCAAGGGCGAUGUGUAUGUGACUCGCAAUUGUCGAACAAACACAAAGGAAUCUGAGCGCACAGUCUAUACCGUUUUUGACAAGACAGGGAAGAGGACCCUCGGUAUCCGUGUCCCAUCUGACGUCUACGCCGCUGUUCUCGAGUCUGCCGCUGCGACCGCUGAGACGCGUGCCAACGCUGUCAAGCUUCGCGAUGAGAAAGACCUGGCUCACUCUCGAGAACUCCUCCGCACUCAAUUCCCAUUAAUGCCCGCGGAAUCUCUGGAGGCGAUUCUCAACCACGCAUUCCUCAAAGGCUCCGGUCGAGUGGGACGCACGGCCACCAAAUCAGAUGAACGCAAAGCUGAUUUGGCAGUGGAAGCUCAUAUUCGACACAUGCAUACCCCGUACGAAUCUAUGCUCCAUGCAGGGGCGAGCCGUGAAGAAGCCCGAAACGCAGUCUGGGGAUUGAUCAAAGCCAUUAAGACCGCAUGGGAGGGCGGUGAUUCUCAGCCUAUGGAUGCGCUGGCUCUGCGCAACCGGAUGGUGGAAUCGAAUUGAUGGCUAUUCAGCUUGAAUUUGCUCCAUGCAUUCCAACGACGGACGCCGACCAUUACAAUUGAUCUUAAAUCUCUUUUUACAGUAAGAUGAUGGGCGUCAACAUGACGGUCCGAGCAACGAUAUCACGGCUUUACCUAAGGAGGAGAACGAAGGGGAAAGAAGAAUGACAUGUUACGAAGACACGAAAGAUACCCUUUGUACUUGACAUGCAUAGACUGCAUUUUCAUAACAAUGUUAUGUUAGACUCAGCAAUAGAGUGGCAGUCUCACCAUCACUGGUGACUUGA